AUGUUCGGAGUAAAGACUGCACCCAAUAUCUGGCAGCGCUUUAUGGAUCAACUACUGCACGAAUUGGAUGGGGUAGCCUGUUUCUUUGAUGAUAUAAUCGUGCAAGGAUCAACGAUCGAAGAAACUAUGCAAAGAUUAAGAAACGUACUGAAGAAACUGCGAGACAACGAUUUGCACUUGAAGAAGGAAAAGUGCCAAUUCUUCAAGUCGAACGUGAAGUAUUUGGGCCAUCGAAUUGAUUCGAGGGGCCUGCAUCCUCUGGAUGAUAAGACCACUGCGAUACGCAAUGCUACAACACCUACAAACGUCGAGGAACUGCGUACAUUUUUGGGCUUGAUAAAUUAUUAUCACCGUUUUAUACCCGAUCUGGCUACAAAGAUAAAACCGUUGAACAGUCUCCUGGGAAAGGAGGUUAAAUUUAUCUGGUCAGAUAAAUGCAAAAAGGCGUUUGAUAUAAUAAAAAAAGAAUUGACCAGCGACCGGGUUUUGAUGCACUAUGACCCGAAAUUGCCAUUGAUCGUGGAAACUGAUGCAUCAUCUGUUGGUCUCGGUGCCGUGUUAUCACAUAAGAUGUCCAAUGGAAUGGAAAGACCAAUCGCCUUUGCAUCCCGAACAUUGUCGAAAAGCGAACAAAAUUAUAGCCAAAUAGAUAAGGAAGCAACCGCAAUUUUUUUGGGCAUUAACAAAUUUUUCCAAUAUUGCUACGGCCGGAAAUUUGUAUUGCGCACGGACCAUAAGCCGCUAGUGACGAUCUUUAACCCCGACAAGGCACUACCAACGCUUUCAGCAAUGCGAAUGCUGAAUUACGCAAUAUACUUGUCAGAAUUCAAUUAUACAAUAGAGUAUCGGAGCACGCACGAAAAUUUAAAUGCAGAUUAUUUUUCACGUUUCCCAGAACCAACAAAGAUUGCUGAAGACGAAACGAGCAUAUUUCAAACGAAGCAGAUAGAGUACAUGCCAGUAACACGAGAACAAAUUCGACGAGAAACUAUUAAAGAUGAAGUAUUGCGUAAAGUUUGCCACGAACUGGAGAGUAGUUCAUCGAACCCGAACGAAACACAAACGAAGUAUAACAUGCACGAUGGAUGCAUUUUCUAUGGUAUGCGCGUUGUCAUCCCAAAAUCACUGCAACAAACAGUUUUGAACGAAUUACACGAUGCUCAUUUGGGAAUGACGAAGAUGAAGGCUAUGGCACGUAGUUACUGUUUUUGGAAUGGUAUUGAUGCCGAUAUUGAAAUGACGGUAAAGAAAUGUCGAAGUUGCUGUUUGGUUCAGAAGGAAGCCGCCAAAGUUCCAGUGCAUUCGUGGGAGUUUCCAUCGUUCCCAUUUCAACGAAUUCAUAUAGACUAUGCUGGGCCAUUCAUGAACACGAACUUUCUAUUGAUCGUCGACGCUUACAGUAAGUGGCCGGAGAUUUUUCCUACGAGGAAUACUGACACGAAAACUACGAUUCGAAUUUUGAGAAGGACGUUUGCUAGGUUUGGUAUUCCAGUUACGAUGGUUAGCGACAAUGGCCCACAAUUUCGAUCAAACGAGAUGGACACAUUUACGAAACAAAAUGGUAUUCGCCACAAAUUCACGGCGCCAUACCAUCCAGCAAGUAAUGGGCAGGCUGAACGUUAUGUGCAAAUGCUGAAGAAGGGUUUGCGUUGCAUGGCAGAUGAGCCUGGUGAUUUGGAUUUGAAGUUGGAUCGCCUGCUGAUACAAUAUCGAAAGGCACCGAACAGUACAACAGGUCAAAGUCCAGCUGAACUCAUGUUUGGGCGACAAAUCCGAACCAAAUUGGUUCUCAUGAAACGAGAUCUGACCACUGAGAUGAAUGAAAAUUCGUCGAAUGAACCAGUAUCACGAGAAUUUGUAUCAGGUGACAAAGUACAGAUACGGUCAUACCGAAACUUACGAGUUAAAUGGGAAUUUGGGACUGUAUUCGCACGAUGUGGCCUUACACAUUAUGAUGUAGAAGUGGAUGGCAGACAUCGAAAGUGUCACGUAAACCAGAUGCGACGAACGCUUUGUGAAGGAGGAGAUGAUACCCAUGCAGAUCAUUCAGAUUCGGCCUUAGAAGCCGCACCAAGUACAUCGCAACCACAUCCAACCAUUAUGUCGAAAUCAGCCGAGACAAGACCAGCGUGUGUUUCUACCGAUUCUUCGGUGAUUGACUCAACUUCACCCAUGAGAUUACCGGUUGGUCAAUCAACACCUUAUAGGCAAUCAAAUACUUGGCAACAAUCGCCGCAGCAACAGGAGUCUGAAACUGACCAAGAACCGACGUUGGUACAACCAGAUUCAGCAGAUAUUCUUCGUAGAUCAGGCCGAUUGCGUUUACCGCCAAACCGCUUGAAUUUAUAG